AAAAUUCAAGAUUUGAUUUAAUUAUCAGAAGAACUAAACAGCAAGAUUUUAUUAAAAAUGUCUGAAUCAGGAUCAUCAAAUGUUUCAUCAUCAGUUUAUUCAGGAGAUACAGGUUCAACAUACACAAUGCAGUCUCAAAGAUAUUUAAAUGUAUCAGAUAAACAUAAUGAGCAAACUUACUUACUUUUUUCUGACAAAAAACCAGAUCAACGAAACAUUUUGGCAAGAGUUUGGGCAUUUUUAACUCGCUGCAUUAUUCGAAUGAGAGUUGAAAAUAACGAGCCAGAUGAAGAAAAUGUAUGGAAUUCUGAGGAUAUUGACACAAUGGAUAUGUAUCUGAAGAGAAAGACAAUUGGUUUGGGAUUGCUUGUCUUUGCUUUGUUUUCGUCAAAUGUUAUUCAAAUGCGUAACAUCGUUGCUCACAGCGAACAGUAUAAAUAUUUUCAAUUUGUCGUUCCCUACUUAGGUUUCAAUAUAAUCUUGCAGUUUAUUGCCCUCAAUUCAAUCAUUUACAAGUGUCGUUUCAACCUUAACAAUCUAUAUGAAUAUGCAAAAGCUUCUUAUCUUAACGAAUAUAUUACAAUUUUGAUCAUCGUAAUGACUGUUAAUAAUAUUUUGAUAUCUCUUUGCAGUAUUUCUUCCACAGUCUAAUCCUAAUCUUAAUUAAUUUGUCUU